AUGCCACCACCCUCACCCAGCGACAACGACGCCCAAACCGCCGACGCCGCCGACGCCCUGGCCUCCGUCCUGCACAUCCUCGACCGCUUCCACCACCGCCACAGGAACCAGCAUCGCGUCGCAAAGUGGUGGGUGCAGUUCACCCUGCUGCGCCGCGCCCUGCGCCGCCUCGACGCCGCCAUCCUCGCCCACCAACGCCGUCUGCGCACCUCCUCCUCCUCCUCCUCCUCCUCCUCCUCCUCCUCCUCCUCCUCCUUCGCGGCGGCGGCCGCCCGCGCCCGCCUGCCCAAGAACAAGAACAAGAGCACCGACAACGGGGGACCCAGGCCCAGUCGACGAGCGCCGACCGCCCUCGCCACCACCGAGGCCGCCGUCACGGCCCACGCCCGCUGGCUCGUCCUCCACGUCAUCUCCCCCGCCUACCUCGCCUUCACCCAGCUCGCCGCCGACGGCCAGCACGCGCCCCUCGGCCUGCUCCUCGUCGCCCUGACCGCCCGCCUCGACGCCCGCCUCGCGCCCCUGAACCCGACCCCGAGGUCCCCCGACGCUGCUGCCGCUGCUGCUGCUACUGCUGCUGCUGCCGUCGUCCGCGUCGCGUCCGCGUCGAAGCCCGCCCCCGAGUCCAACGGGGACCUCGACCUCGGCGUCGCCGUGGCGCGCCCGCCGCUCGCGCCCGACGUCGGCCAUGACGUCCGUCGUGACGCCGACAGUGACGCCGACCCUCUCGACAGCCGCACAUCGCCGCCUCGCCUGUCACCGACAUUGUCACCACGCAGAAGAGACCCCCCUGCAGCAACCGCACAGCUCCCCCUCUCCUCCUCCUCCUCGGAACCUCUGCUCAACCCAAUACCCAAAUCCAAAUCCAAAUCCACAUCCAAACCCACAUCCAAACCUCACCCCUCCGUAUCCAAACCAGUCGAGCCCAAGAAGAAGAAGAAGAAACCCAAAGGCGGCGACGAGUUUGCAGACCUCUUCAGCUCCCUCUUAUAA